GGUUUCUGGAUUCACGUUCGGUAGCGGACUUGUCCAUUGAUUGCGUGGGCUGAUAAAUGCAUUGAUUGAUGGAUUGGCUGACCAAUAGCGAACGAGCACUCGAAAUCGGCGCAUGUGGAGAGUGAGAGAGGAGUAUCGGCAGGUUGCAAGGAGUUGCAGAGGAGUGUCAUGUCGUCACGAUUUUCCGUUACUGCUAAAUGGAUUACUGUACUUGAAUCAAUUGAUUGAUUGACUGAUUGAUUGAGCGAUUGAUUGAUUGAUUGAGUGACUGAUUGAUUGACUGCUUGAUGGAUGGAUUCUCUGAUCGAUUGAUCGAUUGACUAACUGAUUGAUUAAUUGAUUGACGGAUUAAUUGAUUGAUUGAUUGAUUGAUUGACUGAUUGACUGAUUAAUUGCUAGCGAAGCAGCGGAGCGUAGUGGAGGAGAUUUGUUAGUGCCGAGAGAGCACAGAGAAGCGAACAGAGAAACGGAAAAAAGGCAUACUCCUAAUACAACUCUGACUAAACACAGUUUCUGGUGUGAGUUUGCCCUAACUCAAGUGCCUGGCUUGGGCGGGGGGGGGGGAAGGGGGAACGAGGAGCGGCGGCGGCGGCGGCCAUGGCGUUGAAGUUUCUGAAUAAGAAGGGAUGGCACACGGGAAGCUUGAGGAAUAUAGAGACGGUAUGGAAGGCGGAGCAAAAGCAGAUAGAGGAGGAGAAGAAGGUGGAGGAGAUUAGGAAGCGAUACAAGGAAGAACGGGAGGUUGAGGAAUUCCAGCUACUUCAGGUUCAGGCUGGACUUAUCCCGACCAAGGCUGAACGAGUGGAUUUCUUGUAUGAAUCAGGCUUGACGAGCGGCAAGCCUUCGGCCGAAGAGUACUUGCUGGGAAAACCCCUAGAGGAGGGGAAAAAGGAGGCGCCUCUCGCCCAGCUCUCCUCGUUGCCAGGCUCUCUCUUCGUAACUGAUACCAGCAAGAAGGAGGCGGCGAAAUCGGCGAACGAUGAAUGGAGGAAGAAGCACUCUGAUCCGCUCUCUCAAAUCCGCGCUCAGGAGCAGGCCGCUCUCGACCGCAUUCGAAAGAACGUCGUGAAGAUGGCGGCAAUCAAGGAGGAAGUGGAGAGGAGAAAGGAGAGAGAGAAGGAGAGAGAGAAGGAGACUAUGGAGUUGACAAAGAAGAGUGGAAAUAGCGACAAGGAGAAGAAGGAGAAGGAGAAGAAGAAGAGGAGGAAGAAAAGAGAGGAGGAGGAUGAGAAGGAGAGGGAGAAGAAGAAGAAGAAGAAGAGGAGGAGGAGGGAGGAAGAGGAGAGAAGAAAGAAGGAGAAGGAGGGCGAUGAAGAUGAACGGGGAGAGUACAAUCGUGGACAUCGGCAUCAUCGGAGAAGAGAAGAAGAAGAAGAAGAAGGCGAUCACCAUAGCCGUCGAGCUAUGGAGCCGACGGGAGCUAUGGCGGCGGUCUGCGGGCGGAGUAAUCGUGAAGAAGAAGCGGAUGUGGAGGAAGACCGUCACGAGGGAAGGAGGGAGGAGAGAGGGAACGAAGCACGCAGAGAAGGGUGGCGACCUAGUGGUAGAUCUGAUGGGAUCCCGGCGGCUGAUGUCGGCAGACGCCGGAAUGACGGAAGGGGUUAUGACUCCGUCUAUGAUGGGGUAGAUAAGGGGAGUAGGAGACUGAGGAGGAGGGAGGAGGAGGAGGAAGAGGGUGGUCGUGCGAGGUCGUCAAGGGCUGCGGAAGAAGACAAUCGGAAAAAGGCGCGGGGUGAUGUCAAUGGCAGGGAAAAGGAGGAGAAGAAUGCUUGGACUGGGAGAGGUGGGUUAUCUUUAGGAGAGAGAGGAGGGAGUGUCGUCAAUGAUGAUGGGCACCAUCGGAGGGGAGGGAGGAGAAGGGAGGGGGAACGGGAAGAAUGCGAAGAGAGGAAAUGGCCGCGGAGAGAAGAGGGAGCGGGUAUGGAUGUUGAAAGGGAGAGGAGGAGGAGGGAGAGAGAGGGGGGGGAGGAUGAUGAAGAGGAGGAGAGGAAAAAGAGGAAUCGCGGAAGCGGGAUGGAGGGAGAGAAAGACAAGAGGAGGAGGUGGGAGACAGAUGAGCACGUGGACAAGGAGGAAAGGGCGCGGAACGUAUCGAAACACGGGAAAGGGGGAAGGACUAACGCACACGAAGAAGAAGAAGAUAGGGCUAUGCUCGGCACAACGUCAUCGUCUUCUUCUUCCUCCUCAGACUCUUCGUCUUCCUCCUCUUCCUUCGAUGAUGAUGCUGACGAGCACUAUGAUCUUAACGGGGAGCGAGGAGAACGUAGAUUGUGCGAGAGGAGGAGGGAAGAGAAGGACGGAGGGCACACAGCUAUGGGAUGGCGGGAAUCUACUAGGGCUAUGAGAGAAGAAGGGGGGCAGGGAGUGAGAGAGGGGGUGAGGGAAGGAGCUCGUAGUAUCCGAGAGGAGAGGACAGGAGGAGGAGAAAAGGAGGAGGAGGAGAAGGAGGGGGAGGGGGGUGGUAUAUCAAGAAGAAGAUCGCCUCAGAGGCGAAGAUGGAGUGAGGAUCAGGAACAGCGGAGGAGAUCAUUCAAACAUGGUGAAAACCGUGAUGUGGGAUCGGAACCUGGACCGCGGGGUAGACCUGAUACUGGACCUGGUCCUGACACAAGACCUCGACCUGCGCCUGGAUGGAGACCUCCUCCCAAGAGUCAAACGACAGGGAAAUUGACGGAGGAAGAAAAGAAGCGAAGGUUAGCAGAGAUGGAAGCAGACGCCGAGCUCCUUGAGAAAGAGCGAUGGCGGAGAUUAACGAAAGCGUCGGAGAUGGAUGAGAGAGAGCGCCGGCGGGACUUGGCAAUUGCCAGUCGAAAAGACGGGCGCACAUUUCUUGACGAAGCCGGAGUUGCAAUCUAUGGUGCUGGCAAAGGCGGCGAUGGCGAUGGCGAUGGUGGCAGUGCUGCCGGUCGUGCAUCUGUGGAAGACAGUGUGCGCAGGCGCACGCACUUCCGAGAUCGGGAAACGUUUAGAAGCGGUCAAAAUGCUUUUCGAAAGUAGAGAGAGAGAGAGUGUCUAAAAAAUACGAGCCUUCUGAAAAGUGAGCCUUGUGAAAAAUGAGCCUUUUGACAAACCUGUGGGAACAGCGAAAGUGAAGUUAUGGGGACGACGGCGAAUCAGAAAGAAAGAACAAAAGAAAAGAAAGGGAAAAAGAAAGAUCGUGGCGACGGCGAAGGUGAUUUUGAUUGUGUUGCAGAGGAGAAAGCGGUGCACCCUCUGGCGAUGGGGAAGUUUUAGCGUCAACGUCGGCCUGGUGACCGAUCACCAAGCCACAAACACACACACACACACACACACACACACAGAGAGAGAGAGAGAGAGAGAGAGAGAGAGAGAGAGAGAGAGAGAGAGAGAGAGAGAGAGAGAGCAAUGAAGCGUGUCAUGACUC